AUGCUGAGAAGGCUGGCUAGCCAUAACGACCCUAGGCAAGGUCAUGCAGGCCUUGACAAGUCGCCGUGCGAGAAGGUUGCAGCAGAUCAGGAGGCAUUGUUGCGACUGCUGGGCCAUCCGGUGCCCCCAAAGGUCGAUUCUUAUGUGUUCACAGAUGAUGAAAAGAGCCGUAUUUACACGGACUGGAUCAAAGGAGGGAAACCUCACAACUUGGUCUGCUCAGAGUGUCGAAGUCCAGAUGAUUUGAUGCUAUGCGAGACUUGUUGUCCAGCGGAUGCCCUGACCACACAGUCAAACCUGCAAGGUCCGUCUGUCUAUUCUUCGCCGGUUGAUAGUCAGCAGCAGCGCGCCCAGAAUGUGCUCACUAUGGCAUCAAACUCUGACAUCAUGUCUCGAGCUCGACAGUUUCUAAUUCAGCAUGGGAAGUUUCCUACAUCUCAAGAUUUUCAUCCCGAGCUCUUGUCGAAUUUGGGGACAAUGAUGUUGGAGCUCGAGUCCCAACAAUUGCUGCUCCAGGAAAUUCAGGACUUGCGGGAGGAAAAUGCCAGCUUGAGAAGAGAGGCCUUGAAAACCAAGCAUCACUAUCCCUCUCGAAUGCCAAUAAAUGAAUCUGUCCUCAACUCCCCUUCUCAUCUGGCGCCAAGGAUCCAGACUCCGUCUCCUGACACGGCUGGAAAGUCAUGGGACAGAAUUGUCAUGGAUUUGAUUUGA